CCAUUAGAACGCGGCUGGAGGCUCCGCAGUGCAGCUGUGGAGCCUGCACAGGUUGAGUCUUUGUUUCCAUUAAGUUUUUUUUUUUGAAAUAGGUUUCUUUUUUCUUUUCUAGGAAAGAUUUACCCUGAGCUAACAUCUGUUGCCAAUCUUCAUCUUUUUUUUUUCCCCCUCCCCAAAGCCCCACUGCAUAGUUGUAUAUUCUAGUUGUAAGUUCUUCUAGUUCUUCUGUGUGAGCCGCUGCCGCAGCACAGCUACUGACAGAUGAGUGGUGUGGUUCUGCGACCGGGAACCGAACCUGGGCCACUGAAGCAGUGAAAAUGCCGAACUUUAACCACUAGGCCAUCAGGGCUGUCUCUGUUGCCAUUAAUUUUUGUUUUUUUAACAAAAGAAAGAAACUGGGAACAGUGGCAUGGUGGGCAUCAGUAGGGCCAUGGUGUUUAGGCAUCCAGGUAACAGGUAGGUUUCCUUUGCAAAGUGGACAUAUAAAGACUAAGGGGCUCCGGGCCCCCCUCAAGGCCAGCAUUUCCUUAGGGUGAGUUAACAUCACUGAGCAGCCUUGGUUUUACUUUCCCCCGUUUAAUUUUCCCAUCCCCAUCCUUCUGUUCUUUAAUUCCUACUGAUAGCUAAUUGUACCCAUUAUGUGUUAAACUUUGUGGCUUUCAUGCUCAGAAGUGACACUUGUUUUACGUUCUUAGUGGGCACCCCAGGGAACAGCCCAAGCACUCUGGUAACAUUUAAGCAUGACUGUAGCAUCUUUCUGGGCGUCUGACAGGCCAGCUUCAGGGGAUGUGGCUAGGUUGGUCCCUGCCAGGCUGCUCCUGAGGGAGAGGCCUCAUGGGGAUGUGACGAUGCUUCUGUUUGCUCUGUCAUUGGCCUUAGGCUCACCGCUGUUCUCUGCACUGUGGACGGGCUUCCUGGAUGUGUUUGGCCAUGACCUUAAGAGUUGCAGGGCAGUGAGAGCCUUACAGGUGAACCGUGCUCUUGAAGGAUUCCAGUGCCUAUUGGAUUUUUAUCAAAAAAAAAAGUUUAUGGUAUAAAAUUACUUAUACUGUCGAUGUAGAUCCAGUACAAUGAUUCAGUAGAAGACCACAGAUCAGGCACGAAGGAGCCUGGCUACUGAAGGAUGAACGGUGAGGAAGAAUUCUUUGAUGCCGUCACAGGCUUUGAUUCUGAUAACUCUUCUGGGGAAUUUUCAGAGGCAAAUCAGAGAAUCACUGGAGUGAUUCGUGUGGACACCAGCAAAAGUAAUGGGAUUGGCAAAGUUGGGGAGAGACCCCCUCAAGAGAAUGGACUUCAAAAGCACAGGACGUCCUUACCUGCCCCAAUGUUCACCAGAAGCGAUUUCAGUGUGUGGAGCAUAUUGAAGAAGUGCAUUGGCUUGGAGCUGUCCAAGAUCACGAUGCCCAUCGCCUUCAACGAGCCUCUGAGUUUUCUGCAGCGGAUCACGGAGUAUAUGGAGCACGUGUACCUCAUUCACAAAGCCUCCCGCCAGCCACAGCCGCUAGAGAGGAUGCAGUCUGUAGCUGCCUUUGCGGUUUCGGCUGUGGCUUCCCAGUGGGAGAGGACCGGCAAGCCCUUCAAUCCACUCUUGGGAGAGACGUACGAAUUGAUCAGGGAAGAUUUAGGAUUCAGAUUUAUAUCCGAACAGGUCAGCCACCACCCCCCCAUUAGUGCAUUUUAUUCCGAAGGCCUCAGUCAGGACUUCCUGUUCCACGGCUCCAUCUACCCGAAGCUGAAGUUCUGGGGGAAGAGUGUGGAGGCGGAGCCCCGGGGCACCAUCACGCUGGAGCUUCUCAAACACGAUGAAGCCUACACCUGGACCAACCCUACCUGCUGUGUCCACAAUGUGAUUAUUGGGAAGCUCUGGAUAGAGCAGUAUGGAACGGUGGAAAUUUUAAACCACAGAACUGGAGAUAAGUGUGUGCUUCACUUCAAACCCUGUGGAUUGUUUGGAAAAGAACUUCACAAAGUGGAAGGGCACAUUCAAGACAGAAACAAAAAGAAGCUCUUUAUGAUCUACGGCAAGUGGACAGAGUGUUUGUGGGGCAUAGAUCCUGUUGCAUACGAGUCCUUCAAGAAGCAGGAGAGGAGAGGCGACCACCUGAAGAAGGCGAAGCCCACGGACAACGGCUCUGAGAAUGCUGAUGGCGACGUGGUGGAUGCCGUGCCUGAGGUUCAGGAGACUGUGCAGGUCAUUCCAGGCAGCAAGCUACUCUGGAGGGUCAACACUCGGCCCCCCAACUCUGCCCAGAUGUAUAAUUUCACCAGUUUUACUGUUAGUCUCAAUGAGCUGGAAACUGGCAUGGAGAAGAUCCUGGCUCCCACAGACUGCCGCCUGCGCCCCGACAUCCGAGGCAUGGAGAAUGGCAACAUGGGUGGUUUCACCAGGGCAGUAACCCCUACACUGGGACCCCCGACUGGUUGUACACGGGGGGCUACUUUGAGCGGGACUACUCAGGCUGCCCAGAUAUCUACUGAGGGACCGGUGUGGCCCCGGGACCCGGAGACCGAGAGGCUGGACUCCGUCAAGUGGCUACUCAGAGCUUCGGUCUCGGCAGAAACCAGCUUUUCUAAGGACCGUGUUCAUGGAGACGGCACCAUCCCUGGUCGAGGACUUAAUUCUAAUUAACUUUUGAUUGCCAAACAUUUUACUACUGUUGCAGUCUCUUCAUAAAGCUUCACUUGGAUCAUCAUGUUUCAUUAAGGUUUAAAAAGGAAAAUUCUUUGCAGUUCCCUUUUAUGUGACGGAAAUUAGUUGGGCUUGUUUAGCUCAUAGCACCCUCUUAAUUACAAAACUUAGAACUAAAGGAAGUAACAGGAAGGGUCUGUACUCCUCCUUAGAUACAGUGGCAAAGGGCGUCUGAAAGUAUUUUAAAUUUGGACCAAUAACAGGAAAAGAUGGAUCUUGAAAAUAGUCCUGCAAAGAGCUUUAUACAGGCCAGGAAUUGCUCUCUAAAUUAUGGUAAUACAAAAGUGAAGAUUCUCAAAGCAUCAGAUUGAAUGAAAUGAAAAGUUGUCAGAUUCUGUAUUUUUUACCGUUCUCCAAUAAUGUAAAGAUUACUUUUAAAAUAUUUAAGUUAAAACUACUUGAAUAGUAUUUUGCUGAAGAGCAAGAUAUGCAUUAAUCACCAAUUGUAUUCUGUCCAAAAUGAAGCAUUACCAUGACAACCUAGGGUGGCCAGAAACAGAGAGAGUUGCUGUCGGAAAGUCCCCAGCUGCUCCCAGCCUUGAAGGGAGCUCCGCCUCUGGCCAUGUCUGCUCCUCUUGUCACCAGGGCUUCAUUGUCACUGCGGGCCAAGCCCAUGUCACAAAGUGAGAGUCAUUUCUUAAAACAUUUCGCCUGCACCCACAGCACUCCUGUGUUUUUGUUUUUCCCAGCAUGCAUGUUUAAAAUAAAAGUGAAUCACAUCUGGUGUGCACUGUGGGAGGAUCAGAAGCAGAAUCGACUUACAGUGGUGUAAUUAAAGUUAUUUAACAAAAAAAUAGGUGUAUGUCCAUCUCAGCAUACGUCUUUAUCAAGUGACUGUUUUCUUUCUGUAGAAAUCUCAAUGCCAUAGAUCAUGGUAGAGCCCUUUGAAUCGAAGACAGUCUGCUGCGUGUGCACACACAUGCAUACAUGUGCAUACACACGUGCACACACGCACACAACACACAAUUGUAUGGAGUGGUGGGUUCUCAAUGAGAGCGUCGUCAUUGUGUAUCCAGGCUUCAAAAUCACGUUUGUAAUUAAAACACUUUUAAAAAUGAA